GGCAGGCUUGUGCUUAUCUGUCGGUGGUCUUCUGGCUUAGUAUGGAUUUGACAUCGUCACAACAUAACCAUCUGAAUAAUGAACAGAGAAGAAAAUUAGAAAGACAAGCAGGGGAAAAAGAAGAAGAACAAAUAGUUACUGAAAUCAUGAGAAGACGUUUUUUUCCUGAUGUUAUAACUUAUAAGGCUUGGGAAGGCUUUCACUUUGCUGGCCAUGAGAUAAGGAUUACAGAAGCCACUGAUUGUUAUGGGGCAGUUGUCUGGCCAUCGGCUCUCGUUUUGUGUUAUUUUUUGGAAACCAAUUCUAAACAGUACAAUUUGGUCGACAAAAAUGUGAUUGAAAUUGGAGCUGGAACUGGAUUGGUCUCUAUAGUAGCCAGUUUACUGGGUGCACUUGUGACUGCCACUGAUUUGCCAGAACUGCUGGGAAACCUUCAGCACAAUGUUCUCCAAAAUACAAAACUGAAAUGCAAGCACCAGCCCUGUGUCAAGGAGUUGUCCUGGGGAAUUGAUCUGGAAAAAAACUUUCCCAGAUCUUCAUGUCACUUUGACUACAUUAUGGCUGCUGAUGUAGUUUACCACCAUCCCUUCCUGGAUGAGCUCCUACUAACUUUUGACCACUUGUGCAAGAAUGAUACUGUCAUUAUGUGGGCUAUGAAGUUCAGGCUGGACAAUGAGAACCAAUUUGUAGACAGAUUUCAGACACUCUUUGAUUUAGAGGUGAUUUCUGAUUUCCCUAGUUUGAACAUAACCCUGUAUAAGGCAAUGAGGAAAGGCAGGAUGAAAGUCAGACCUUCCAAAUUGUCUGUCUGAAAAAGAGAUAUAUGGGGGUGAUCAUCUCAGAUGCUUUGUAGCUAGUUCUCUUUUUAAUAAUUUCUACAUAAGUAGUUGCCUGCAUCUUUACGAAUGACAUUUUUUAAGCAAGUUAGAACAAGACAUUGGUUUUCCGGUGCAUCCCUACGGAAUUCCUGAACCCAAUUUGCUGAAAGUUUUAUACAUGGAAGAAAUGUAUUUCUGAUGUUUUCUUGACUUUUAUGUGCUAAAUUGACAAAACUAAUAACUUUCAUAAUUCUCAAUAUUAUUUUUAUGGGAUGUGCAAUGAAUAUUUCCUUUCAAAUGCAGUUUUAAACAGUGUCUUAUGAGAUUAACCAAUCUUUCAAAGAUUUACUACAGUCUUACAUUUUGUAUUUAACAGGUGUGAUGUUAAAUCUAUUUUUCUUCAUUCCCACCAUAGCGUUCAAAUCCUUCCUUCAAAUGGCCCGUUACAUGACAUUAACUGAAAGGAAAAAUGGGAGAUACAGUAUCAUAAUAA